GGGGGUCUCGGAGGCCGGAGGACUCGGGUGAAGAUGGCGGCAGCCGAGGCCGCGAACUGCAUCAUGGAGAAUUUUGUAGCCACCUUGGCUAAUGGGAUGAGCCUCCAGCCGCCUCUUGAAGAAGUAAAUAUCCUUUUGUGAGACCCCCACCCAGCCCACUUCCACAUAAGCUUACUUGCUAUACAUCUGGCUCCCCAAGAGGUCUAACCGUCCUCUUGCUUCCAACCAGUUUCCUCUGCUGUGCCCCCUAACCCCUUAGGACAGAGCCCUUCCUGGCCCCAGCUGGCUUCCCCAGAACCAUGGCUGCUUCCUUAACUCCAUCUCCAGCCCUCCUCCCCUGCCCUUCCAUGUGUCUGCCCUGGCUCUGCCCUCUCUCCCUCCCUCCCCAGCUGUGGGCUGAGCUAGAGACAGGCCAUAGAGCCUGGAGAGAUGGUAGGCGAGGCGGCUGCUCCCUGGAUGGUGCUCUGGGUUUCCUGUGGCCAAGCAGAAAGUAGUGAGAAGCCCAACGCUGAGGACAUGACAUCCAAAGACUACUACUUUGACUCCUAUGCCCACUUUGGCAUCCACGAGGAGAUGCUGAAGGAUGAGGUGCGCACCCUCACAUACCGCAACUCCAUGUUUCACAAUCGGCAUCUCUUCAAAGACAAGGUGGUGCUGGAUGUGGGCUCAGGCACUGGCAUCCUCUGCAUGUUUGCUGCCAAGGCGGGGGCCCGCAAGGUUAUUGGGAUUGAGUGUUCCAGUAUCUCCGAUUAUGCUGUGAAGAUUGUCAAAGCCAACAAGUUAGACCAUGUGGUGACCAUCAUCAAGGGCAAGGUGGAGGAGGUGGAGCUGCCCGUGGAGAAGGUGGACAUCAUCAUCAGCGAGUGGAUGGGUUACUGCCUCUUCUACGAGUCCAUGCUCAACACCGUGCUGCACGCUCGGGACAAGUGGCUGGCACCCGAUGGCCUCAUCUUCCCAGACCGGGCCACCUUGUAUGUGACAGCCAUUGAGGACCGACAAUAUAAAGACUACAAGAUCCACUGGUGGGAGAACGUGUAUGGCUUUGAUAUGUCCUGCAUUAAAGACGUGGCCAUCAAGGAGCCCCUGGUGGACGUGGUGGACCCAAAGCAGCUGGUCACCAAUGCCUGCCUCAUAAAGGAGGUGGACAUCUACACAGUCAAGGUGGAGGACCUGACCUUCACCUCCCCCUUCUGCCUGCAAGUGAAGAGGAACGACUACGUGCACGCGCUGGUGGCUUACUUCAACAUCGAGUUCACCCGAUGCCACAAGAGGACCGGCUUCUCCACCAGUCCUGAGUCCCCGUACACACACUGGAAGCAGACUGUGUUCUACAUGGAGGACUACCUAACAGUGAAGACUGGCGAGGAGAUCUUUGGCACCAUUGGAAUGAGGCCCAAUGCCAAAAACAAUCGUGACUUGGACUUUACCAUCGACCUGGACUUCAAGGGUCAGCUGUGUGAGCUCUCUUGUUCCACCGACUACCGGAUGCGCUGAGGAGGUGCCAGGCUGGCCCUCCUGCAGAAGGGGGCUCGGGGGGAUGGGCUUGGGGGAUGGGGGGGUACAUCGUGACUGUGUUUUUCAUAACUUAUGUUUUUAUAUGGUUGCGUUUAUGCCAAUAAAUCCUCAGCUGACCAUGCCA